AUGUCAGAAACAGGUUCAAAUGAAAUAAAGCAGUGGACGCUGGAACCGGAAACGGAGUACAGGUUCGAGCUGGAUCCUGGAACGUCGCUGGCGAUCAAGCUUAUUCAAGGAAACGCAGAAGUUUUUGGAGCAGAGUUAGCGGAAGGCAAACACUAUCUGUUUGGAUCGGAAUGCAAGGCGGCUGUCUUCACUUGGCAAGGUUGUACUAUUGAAAUGAGACACCCCUCAACGGAAUAUGUAUCGGAAGAAACGCCAAUGGCAGCAUAUGCUAAUCUUCACAUAGCAUUUGAACAAAUGCGCGUCCGUGCUCUCGCAAAAUUCCAUGGUUCUCCUCUUCCCCCAGGAGACGAACCUCCAACGGCACCUGAGCCUCCAAGAGUGCUUGUUCUAGGACCAGAAAAUUCAGGAAAGACAACAGUGUGCAAGAUUCUUACAAACUACGCUGUUCGCGCUGGCCAAAACUGGUCACCUCUUCUCGUAAACGUUGACCCAAGCGAGGGUGCUUGGUCAGCUCCGGGCGCUCUUUCUAUUGCCCCAGUUCACGGUCCCAUCCCAACGUAUUCGCCGGCCAACCCUCUUGGCUCAGCUGCGACUUCGGCGCCCAUGGCCAUGUCAUCCAAUGCACUACUUCCCGUUGUAUAUUGGUACGGUCACCCAGACACGAAAAGAAAUCCCCUGUUAAUGGACAGAUUAAUACGAAAUCUGGGAGAAAAUGUUAAUGAUCGGUUUGAGCUUGAUCAAGAAGGGAGGUCAUCGGGCGUUAUUGUCGACACUCCGUCGUCAUUCGCUUCAAGCUCAACGUCCAAUGACCACCGUCAGAAACUUAUCAAGGCUUGCAUGGAUGCAUUCAGAAUCAAUGUCAUCCUCGUUGUUGGUCAUGAAAAGUUAAAUGUGGAAAUGCAGCGGGCAUACAGCUCAUAUGUGACUGUCGUGAAAAUUCCAAAAUCAGGUGGUGUUGUAGAGCUGGACCAUAGUUAUCGGGAACGUGUACACAAUUACCAAUUACACACAUACAUGUAUGGUCAGGUUAUACAAGCACCUCCAGGGAUAUCUAAUGCUACCUUGGGCGGAGAGUCAUUAACCGAUCUUGUUCUAUCACCUUCCUCAAGUGUCAUCAAGUUUGAGGACCUCUCGAUAUUCCGGAUUGGCGCUGAAACGAUGGCUCCGUCGUCUGCUUUACCCAUCGGUGCAACUCGUGUUGUGUCCGAGAUGCAGCCUGUUCCUGUCGAUCCCAGUCAGCCAGGCUCUGGGUUGCUGAACGCUGUCCUUGCCCUCUUGGCACCUCAAAAUCCUGAUGAGAACGAGAGAUAUGACGAGGAGAUAUUGGAUCUUACCGUAUCUGGUUUCCUCAUUGUGACAAAUCUCGGCAUGCAACAAAGAAAGAUGACGAUUCUCGCUCCCAACCAAGGUUCCGUUGUUGGAAAGACUGCAAUAAUGGGCUCUUUUGAGUGGCAAGAGCAAUAA